AUGGCUUCAGAUGAUAAUUCUGCUUCACCUCAAACUCAAUUUAACUCGGAAAGAAUUAAAUUAUUAUUAAAAAGUGAACCAAAUAAAUAUAAAGUUGUCAAAAAUGAAUCAUCAUCAUUAAAACAAUGGUGGCAAGCAUUUGGAUAUCCUACUUUAACGAAUAAAAUGGGUGAAUCUACUCGAAUCAAGGGAUAUGUGAGUUGCUUCAAAUGUUUCAGUACAUUUAUUUAUCAUAAUCGCAGCGGGACAAUUCGACUUAAACAGCAUGCAAUUAAAUGUUCUGAUAUUACAAGUUCGUUAUCAUCAAUAACAAUUAUAAACGAUGAUUCAUCAUUCGCUCAAUCAACUUUAGCACAGCACGGAUUUAAAAAAUCAUUCAUAUUACCUGAAAAAGAUAUAGAGAAUAUCAAGAAGCUAAGUGCGCAGUGGGUUUGUCACGAUCUUCGCCCCUUUUCUAUAUUAGAAGACAAGGGAUUACAUGCUUUGGCACAAGAUCUAAUUCGUAUAGGUAUAUGUUAUUUUGAAUUUGAAUUAUCAAAUAAUGAGGGAAUUUUUGAAUUAGGACACAAAUAUGGCGUCGUUGAUGUUAAUGAAGUGCUUCGAAGUCGUCAUACAAUAUCACGAACGGUCUAUGAUUUAGGAGACUCAUAUCGACAAUACAUUAAACAAAUUUUAAUUGAACCAUUAAAAGCACGUGCUGUUACAAUAUGUCCGGAUUUUUGGUCAGACUGUUAUAAAAAUAUCUCUUAUUUGGGUUUGAGUAUAACAUUUGUGGAUGUUAAUUAUAAAAUGUUUUCAAUUGAUCUAUUUUGUCGACCGUUCGUUGGUGUUAAAAAACAUGAUUUAUUACUUAAAGCUCUCGAGAAACAUUUACUCGAAUUUGGUAUUGAUGAUAUAACACAUGUGAAUAUUGUAUCCGAUCGAGGCUCUAAUUUCGUGGCAGCUUUUCGUCAUUUUCAGCCGUUAUUCUGCUAUGGUCAUCGUCUUAAUAAUAUAUUACAAAAAUCCUUUUUUGCAAAUACCAAGUUAAAAAGAGAUCAAGGAACUACAUUGCCAAUAUCGAAUAUUCUUAAUCCAAUUAAUGAUGAAUUCUCAAGUGAAGAAUCAUCGGAAGAUGAAGAAGAAAAUAUGUUACCAGCAAUUCCAGUAAUUCGAAAAAAGGCAGCAAAUAAAAACCAACAAUUAGUAUUUAAAAUGUCUAUAGAUGAUGUACCAAUUGAAGCAAAGAAUGUACUAGCUACAUUAACUCAAUGUAAAAGAACUGUGAAAUACAUUAAAAAAAGUGGAUUGAAUCAAGAAAUUGAAAACGCUGGUGACGGAACUGUACAUCAAUCCGUCGUAACUCGUUGGUUAUCUCUGAUUGAUACAUUAGAAUCUAUUUUAAAAUCGUUUAAAAUAAUCAAAAAGGUUUUGGCUAGUAAACAGCAACAGUAUCUGAUGAAUAAUAUUACUGAAAAAGUCAUCAAACAAAUUAUAUUGUUAUUAAGACCUUUCAAACAUGUCAUUAAAUUGAUUCGAACAGGUUACACGCCAUCUUUAUAUAUGGUGUUAUUAACAGUCAAGACUUUACGAGAUGCUACAAGUUCUUACGAGGCAUUAUUAAAUUACAACGAUAAUAGUAGCGAUGAUCAUCAAUCAGGAGACGAACACAAAGAAUCGGAUGAAGAUUUAAUAGAUGAACUAGAAGGUAAAAAUUUAUAUCGAUUUGAAUCAAGUACGUUUGAUAAUAAUGAAGAACAAUUAGAAGGUGAUGCUGAAGAUACUUCAAGCUGCAAAAAGAUGGAUGAACUCAAACGUUAUCUUAAUUAG